AUGGAGAGGCCAGACAAUUGGGGUGUCUUCGCGGGUUGCAACCCAGGCGAACCGUGUCGUCAACAUUCUGGUUGCGGUCUUAAGCGUAAAGGCUUUUGGACGCACACGGACUUUAAUGCCGUCCGUCCUGAUCGGCUUCCCCGGGAUGCCUUCAACGUCAGCGGGAAAAAGGUGCACGCCGAGAGCCAUGCGACGAUGGCUUUCCAAGACAUAUUUUCAGCGCGAACAGAUGCUUACAUUUGGAACCAGGACGUAGACCACAAUUGUCGCAUACGGGGUGGUGGAGUGUGGCAUACGCAGGAAGCCUGCCCAGCACUGGUGAACGCCUGGGAGCGAAAGACGCCGCCGUGGUACAGAAGCUUCUGCUUCGAGGAAGUGCCGGCGGCAUCUAGCAAGCUAUUCACCGAGGCGUGUCUGGGACACGGGCACAAGGACGCGCUCGGGAAGAGGGUGAAGCAGCAGAACAUGUUUGUUCAGGAGGGCGGCGGCAUCACGCCGUCACAGCGCGCAUCUGUUCCUUAA